AUGCUACAAAGAACAAAAGUAGCCCGAUUUGUCUUACUACCUUGCAGGAGGCACUUCUCAAAGUCAAUAACUUUAUUGGAACAACGAAAGAGUAGCAUAUUUACUAAGAGAGUCAGGAUUCCUAUUGAGGCAGGCCAGCCAUUGCACGAAACAAGGCCAUUUCUUAUAAAGUCAGGAGAGUUGACGCCUGGCAUUUCAGCCUUGGAAUAUUAUGAAAGAAGAAUCAGGUUGGCGGAAACUUUGCCCUCUAAAAGCUGUGUGAUUCUUGCUGGUAAUGAUAUCCAGUUUGCAUCUGGAGCGGUGUUCUAUCCAUUCCAACAGGAAAAUGACUUAUUCUAUCUUAGUGGAUGGAACGAACCUAAUUCUGUCAUGAUUUUGGAAAAGCCAACUGAUGAUUUAAGUGAUACAGUUUUCCACAUGCUGGUCCCACCAAAGGACGCAUUUGCUGAAAAGUGGGAAGGAUUCAGGUCCGGCGUUUAUGGUGUUCAGGAAAUUUUCAAUGCUGAUGAAUCUGCUUCAAUUAGUGAUUUGUCUAAAUACUUGCCCAAAAUAAUUAACAGAAAUGAUUUCAUCUACUUCGAUAUGCUAUCUACUUCUAAUUCAAGCUCAUCCAAUUUCAAACACAUUAAAAGUUUGUUGAAUGGUAGUGGGAGUGGUAAUGUAACAUUGAAUUCCAUUGCAAACAAAACCAUCAAACCCAUUAGUAAAAGGAUUGCAGAAUUCCGUAAGAUCAAGUCUCCUCAAGAGUUGAGAAUUAUGAGAAGAGCGGGCCAAAUAUCAGGAAGGUCGUUCAAUCAAGCCUUUGCCAAGAGAUUUAGAAAUGAGAGGACUUUAGAUUCUUUUUUACACCACAAGUUUAUAUCCGGCGGUUGUGAUAAAGACGCAUACAUUCCCGUGGUUGCUACAGGUUCGAAUUCCUUGUGUAUUCAUUACACAAGGAAUGAUGACGUGAUGUUUGAUGAUGAAAUGGUGCUUGUAGACGCAGCAGGUUCCUUGGGUGGUUAUUGUGCAGAUAUUUCUAGAACAUGGCCCAAUAAUGGGAAAUUCACGGAUGCACAAAGAGACCUUUACGAAGCCGUAUUAAAUGUUCAACGUGAUUGCAUUAAACUUUGUAAAUCACAAAAUAACUAUUCUCUGCAUGACAUUCAUGAAAAGAGUAUUUCAUUGAUGAACCAAGAGUUGAAAAAUUUAGGUAUAGAUAAAGUCCCCGGUUGGAAUGUAGAAAGAUUGUAUCCCCACUAUAUUGGUCAUAAUCUAGGCCUAGACGUACACGACGUACCUAAAGUUUCAAGAUACGAACCGCUUAAGUCUGGCCAGGUGAUCACUAUCGAGCCAGGUUUGUAUAUUCCUAAUGAUGAAUUGUUUCCAUCUUAUUUUAGGAAUAUCGGAAUAAGAAUUGAAGAUGAUAUUGCCAUUGGUGAAGACACUUACACCAAUUUAACGGUUGAAGCAGUUAAAGAGGUCGAUGACUUGGAAAAUGUAAUGCAGAAUGGUGUCUCUACAAAAUUCGAAGAGGAUGAAGUGGCACCAUUGUAA